AGCUGGCUGCGGGGCCGGGAGCAGCCGCGGCGCAGGAUGUCGGCCACGCUGUACGUGCUCUCCACGCUGGGCGGCUACGUGCUCACCUCGGCGCUGCUCCUCAAGUGCCCGGGGCUGCUCCACCGGCCCAAGCGGCAGCGCUUCCGCUGCCGCCACAUCUCGCACCGCGGCGGUGCUGGAGAGAACCUGGAAAACACCAUGACAGCCUUUCACCAUGCGGUUAAUAUAGGAACGGAUAUGUUGGAGCUAGAUUGUCACCUGACAAAAGAUGAGCAAGUGGUUGUGUCCCACGAUGAGAACCUCAAGAGAUCAACAGGAGUCGAUGUCAAUAUAUCAGACCUCAAAUACUCUGAACUUCCUCCAUAUCUCGGCAAACUGGAUGUCACAUUUCAGAAAGAAUGCCACUGCGAGGGUAAAGAUAACCGCAUUCCACUCCUGAAGGAGGUGUUUGAGGCUUUCCCMCAAACUCCUGUCAACAUUGACAUCAAAAUGAACAACAAUGUGUUGAUCAAAAAGGUUUCAGAGCUGGUGAGUCAGUAUAAGCGAGAACAUCUGACUGUUUGGGGGAAUGCCAAUUACGAGGUUGUAUCAAAGUGUCAUAAGGAGAAUGCUGACAUUCCCAUCAUCUUCUGUUUGCAACGUGUUCUCCUCCUUGUUGGCCUGUUUUACACUGGUCUGCUGCCAUUUUUUCCUUUCAAGGAAGAAUUCUUGGAAAUUCCAAUGCCUUCAAUCAUCCUCAAGCUGAAAGAACCACAUAAGAUGACAAGAAGUCAGAAAUUCAUUAUCUGGCUAGCUGACGCAUUGCUAAUGCGCAAGGCACUUUUUGACCACCUCACUGCCAGGGGCAUUCAGGUGUAUAUUUGGGUCCUGAAUGAAGAGCAAGAAUACAAGAGGGCAUUUGAUCUGGGAGCCACUGGAGUGAUGACAGACUAUCCGACAAAGCUUAAGGAGUUUUUACAUAAUUAUCCAGCAUAAAGGAAAAGAGCAGGAAAGAUCUUGCAAAAUAGAAUAAGUGAGCCAAGGAUUUGCUUCAUCAAAAACACUUUCAGCAAUGUACGCAAAUCAUUUUGAUGAAAGAUAUAAUUGGAUGGUCUAUUGCCUUGUCAAGUUGCUAAUAAUGUAAAAAAAAAGUCUAUUUAUUUUAAAAUUAACUGCCUAGUUUACACUUGUAAAUAGUUCACAUAAAAAGGGUGCACUUCACUAAUAGUUCUGACUAGGAAGAAAGUUGUUGGAUAGGCUACCUGUAGAUCGUAAGCAUUAUUUUCUGUCAUGUGUCAUGUCAAGGUGUGACAAAUAUUCCAAUCACAUUCUAGUGGGCAGGAGGUAAAGAAUUUCUGAACUUGUAGCCUGUAUGUAUGUGUUGCUCGUGUUGCUUUUAGUUUUCAGGUAACCUGCAAGGCAAAAAGAAAAAGAACAUGCAGGAGAAAUAAGAAGCAGAAUAUAUGGUUGCCCAGAUAGUUUAGCUUGCAAAUGUAGUUGGUAAAGAUAGUCACUCUUAUCCAAACUAACUCACAUGGUCAGUAUACACUUACUGUAUUCUUUCUGAUAAGAAUGUUGUUGGAGUUGUACUUGUGUUUGCUCUCAUUUCUGAUGUGAUGCUAAUACUGUGAUUUAUUGGUCGAGGUCUAGGUUAAGCAUUUUAGCUGGGCUCUGCAGUCUUCUGCUGUGGGGUCUGGGCACCUCUGCCAGAGCCCAGGUUUGCCCCUGGUUCUGGCCUGAGCAGCUGUGCUACCAAGGCAGCAAGUAGCUUCUUGGGGUGGAGGAUUACACACUCUAGACUCUGAAAUCUUUUCAUUACGAAAACCUGUGUUUUAGAAGUCUUUUAUAAGUCUUUUGCACUUUUAUUGUUCCAACAUCCAUUGGCUUAAUGGAUGGGAAGUUGUUUUUGGGUUGAGGGACCAAGAAGACUUAAGUUUGAUCAGAAGAUUCAGGAAAAACUUAAAGUUCUUAGCAAAGUAACUCACCCAAAGCAGAUUUAUAUGUAUAAUUGUCAGAGGAGCAGGAGUCAAUCUAGGAUAUGUGAAAGUUUAAGCUGUUUUCUCUCCACAGGAGUCCAUUCAAUAUUUUUGAAGUUGCUAUACACAGACACGUAAAUCAUUUUGCUGGCAAAAGUCAGGAAAGCCUGAAUGUGACAGAAUGGAGGUUAUAGGAAGGUAUUUUUGGAAGCUUACAUGCCCUUUUGUUGUUAUGAACGGGUAUUACAUACGCAUCAAACAGAUUUGAGCCUGCAAUGCCAUUGUUUUGUGGUGCUGCCAUGUUAGUGUUGGGAUUUUUCAGGAAAAAAAAAUGAUUAUUUUAGUCUAAUUAUACACAAUAACCUAUAUAAAGCUCAGUCAUUUAAUUAUCAGAUAUUGCUGGAACAAAACUAUUGUUCAGUGAUGUCAUUGACUUAUUUUAAGACACUUCUAUGUAGAAGAAGUAGAAUGAAUUACUGUAUUUAUAGUUGUGAACAUAUGGUGAGGGAGGCAAAUGAUUUAACAUACUUUUAAACAUGUAUUCCUCUUAAUUUCAUUAGGCUUGUUGCUUAUUGAAUGGGAGGGAGGAAAAUGCGACUUCCUAACUAUUCAUAGGAAAAAAGAUGCAAUUAUUUCUUACAUACUAAGCUGCUUUUUUGCUUCUUUUUUUUCUUCCCUGCAGACCAGUUAUGUUCUGGCCAGAUAACUGCUAAUAACCAGUCUAGUGACAAUCUUCYCUGUUUUCUAAUAGUCAGAGAAUAGUUGGGAAUAGGCUCCAUAUGCAGCUUAGUAGGUAAAAAGAAAAUAAAAAUGUUGUUUAAGAUGGGAAAACCUAAGUUUUAUACUGGAAUCAACUAAGUUGAUUUCUGGACUCUCAAGGGACAGGUAAUAAGUUGGUUUCUUUUAAGUUUUUCUUAUUACUGCAUAAAUAAAAUAUUUUGCUGUAUUCUGUAUGGAAUCACAAAGCACAGAUACUCCUGAUAAAACUUAUUUCAGCAUUUCAUUUAAUAUUCCUCCUUAUUUAUAGCAGUAGGGGUGGAAACUUCUACUUUCAAAGAUACUCAGCACAUUCUUUAGUCACUAGUCUUCCUCUCCAUGUGAUGUAGCUUUUGACUGCUCUGUUUGUAUUUGGUCUCUCUGAUAAAUCUGCUACUUAAUAGCUGAAAUUUCAGCUAAGUGAAUUUACAUGUGAAGGGAAGGAUUCAGAGCUGGGAGAACUGCUGUAUUUGUUCACAUUAUCCCCCCUGGACUUUAGCAUGAGAUCUAAAACUUGAUCUCUUGAGACAGAAUGUUGCAUGGAUGAGGCCAUGAAUCCUGAGCACCACUGCGUAGGGCUUAGAUCAUAAUAACUGUUUGUAAUAAAAUAAUAUGAAGCUGAGAUUACUGUACAGACACGUAAGAAUGUUCUAUCAACUCAUUGUUUUGAUAUGCAAGAAGUUGUGUGAUUUUUUUUUUUCUUCCUUUUUUAACCACUUGUACAGAAAAGUAUUUGUUGAUCUUGCACAGCUGUCCAGGAGGAUGUUUGGAGUUGGUCUUUGUCUCUCCAAGGAGAGAGUUUUGGGUUUUAUUUUUUUCUUCAGGUACUUAAAUUCUAUAAAUAUUGUUUAACACAUACUCUGUUCUCAAUCAUAUUGCAAAGUACGUUAUG